UUUUUUUCUUCUUGUUCUUUAAUUAAUAUCCCUAACCCCUUUUUAAAGCGUGUAGGAACUGGUUUCAUGCCGAGUGUACGUCAGUCGCUAGCCCGCCCGAUUUACUUUUUACAACCAACUACAUUUUCGUAUGUCGCAACUGUAACGGGACCAGUCAUGCCGAGACGUUCGAACGCACCACAGCAGGUUGGAAAGAUAUCUGCUCUACCACCAUAGCCAACCUGAUCCUGGAGGAAAUCCUCUGUCGUAUUGGUGAUACCGACAAUGAGAUCUUUCAGAGCAAAAACGCUGCCAUCAUGCAUGAAUGGCACCCAGAGAAUUACUAUUUUAAUAAGAAGGAAAUCAUUCCUUAUGUCGAUAAACACUGGAGAAGUCUCUGUACUGAACGCGCUCGAACAACCACUUGGUGGGCAACACUCGGCUCAUGUCUUUAUUCUUCUAAAGAUACCUUUAUUGCUCGUGAUGAAAGACAGCGCUCUGCUGCUUCGGAUUUUCGAUUGGCUGAUUCCAACUUAUGGCACGUCCGACCCAGCAUCACUCAGCAUAGUGGUAAGGCACCUGCUUCUAUACCUCGUGCACAGAAACGUAGAGAACCUGAUUCUUCACCGCAAUCGGAUAACAAAUGGGCAUCGAGCACACCUUCACCACGAUCUUCUUCACCUGUUCCAUUUACACCAAAUACAGUGCCAGCGGUAUUUCCACCCGGUUCAGCCAACGCAGACCAUCCAUUCAAUCGAUUUGGAUUCAAAUACAGUCCCUGUGAACCCUCGAUAUUACCUCUGGUAGCGUAUCAACAAGCAGAAAAUAGUCUGGGUGGAUGCACCAUCAGUAUACCCGAUAAAAGUUCUUAUAUUUCUGUCACUAAAGAUGGAUUGACUGUCACUACUGAUAAAGGAUUUCGUAUGUGUCGAGCCAAUGUAGGAGUAAAGGAAGGUAACUGGUUUUGGGAAGCAAGGAUUCAAACAGCAGCAGGUCCUGAUGCAGAUGGACCACAUGUCCGUAUCGGUUGGGCAAGGCGAGAAGCCUGUUUGAAUGCACCAGUGGGAUAUGAUGCGUAUGGAUAUGGAUAUCGAGAUAAAACAGGGGAUAAAAUGUUUUGUUCUCGACCCGAAAAAUAUGGUAAACCUUUUCAAUCAGGUGAUGUAAUUGGACUUUAUAUCAGUUUACCAAAGAAGAAAAAGGAACAGUUUAAAAGUGCCUCACGACGACGUAUUCCAAUUGCUUACAAGGAACAUUUAUGGUUUGAAGAAAAGGAUUAUCGACCUAGCAAAGAAAUGGAAGCGUUGGCAGAUCCGUAUCGAAAGGACAAAGAGGAAUAUGAACCCAAAAUACUAGAAGGCUCCUAUAUUACUGUGUAUAAGAAUGGCGUGAAUCAAGGCGUGAUGUUCACAGAUCUGAUUGACUUUGAAGAUUUCGGUCGGUUACCUCAAUCUAUCAUGGAGAAGCGUGCAAAAAAGAAGAGAAAGCAGUCAUCAAAAAAGGAAGAGGAUCCAAAUAGUGUACAGCGAAAGGAUGAUGAAUUUGAUAGUUUCGGACAUCAACAUUGGACAGAGGAUCCGCCUGUGGAAGAUGAUGGUACCUUGGGCUAUUAUCCUGCAGUCAGUGUCUUUAAAGGUGGCGUCGUUGCUUGUAAUUUUGGCCCACAAUUUCAAUACCCACCCUCCGAUCAAAAAGAUUGGAAACCUCUAAGUCAAAGAUACAGUGAUUAUAUGGCUGAAGAAUGCAUGUGGGAUUUAUUAGAUGAGGUCUCUCGCUCACUGCGCAAAAAGUAAAUUAUGAAAUAAAAUAGCACUAUUAAAAAAGGAAAUUCAAC